CGUUUGAGAUGUGAAAUGGCAAUAAAUGAGUUAGAUAAGGUAUGAAAAUAAUAGACUGGAGAGAGUAUCAAAUGACUGAACAUAAAAUCACUAACUGGAUGAUUACAUGACUAAUGAAUUUAUUCAGCCCUAACAAUCAGAGGGGUAUAUUGGAGAAAAUGGUAGCCCUCAGUCAUUCAUCAGUGGAUAAAACUUUUAACUAGAUCAACAAAGGACAACCUGUAUGAGACCUAAGGUAGGGCAUAGCUGCUACUAAAUCUAGGAGGUUAAUUCUUGAUGCACUGAAUUUUGUUCCAAAAGCAUCCUUUGGAAAUCCACGUUUCUUCUUACUUUGAAAGCAUGGUUGAAAUGAGACCUUACUAUACCCAGUGGAAAUUCUACCAUCACGUGCAAACAAGGCUGUAAUUUGAAGAAUACUUCUCUGAAAGUCAACAUAAAGGAGUUCUAUUCUUGCUGGAGAAGCAUGUAGAAACUUCUCCAUGUGUUUACUCACUGCAGCCAUCCCCCUGGCAGGUUGCAAAAUGCACCUCUUGGCUUCAUUUCAAGUUGUGGUUCACUUUGACACCAGGGAUGCUAGUUACAUAUCACGCACAACAAACAGAACACUGUUACACUGAUGGAAAGUCUGAUUAAGUGAAAUCUUUUCUCUCUAGAGACAGGAUGUGUGCUGUGGGCUCAGACUGCGUACGAUGCUCCUGGUGAGCAGCACCUCGCUCUGAAAUCCCCUCACACUGGCCUUGACUACUCACAGCCAUGGGGAAGCAGCAUAGUGACUGGUCAAUCUGGUGUUCAUAUAUGCUCUUAUUUUUAACAGAUUUAUCUCGGACUAAAGCCUCCACAGAUCAAGGAUGUUGAUUCUUCUGGCGUUCAUUAUUGUGUUUCAUAUAACCUCAGCAGCACUGCUGUUCAUCUCAACUAUUGACAAUGCCUGGUGGGUAGGAGAUAAUUUUUCUACAGAUGUCUGGAGUAUGUGUGACACAAAUACUAGCACCUGUAUGGCAAUUACUGAUCAGUUCACAGAAUAUCAGUCAGUUCAAGCUGUUCAGGCCACCAUGAUCCUAUCUACUAUUUUCUGUUGUGUGGCAUUUCUGGUUUUCAUUCUUCAACUCUUCCGUCUGAAGCAAGGAGAAAGAUUUGUGUUAACCUCUGUUAUCCAGCUCCUGUCAUGUCUGUGUGUUAUGAUUGCAGCUUCCAUUUAUACAGAUAGGCAUGAAGAGCUACACAAGAGCAAUGAGUAUAGGAUUGGAGUUUCUAAAGGCCAGUAUGGCUAUUCCUUUGUCUUAGCUUGGAUUGCAUUUGCAUUUACUCUGAUCAGUGGUGUUAUGUACCUAGUAUUAAGGAAGCGUAAAUAAAUGUCAAGCAGCUAGUCAUUUGUCACGGCAGUACAAAACCAAAUUUCAGUAACCAUUUUGUAUAUAAUCAUUUACAUGGUUUUGUAGUAAAGGUAUUGUUUCUCUACAAAUGUACUGUGUUCUUGAUAUGAAACAGAAUUAAACAAAAUGGCAGGUUUAAUGGGUGCCUGGCACCUCUAGGUCAGGGGCUGAGCAGGACAGAGCCACCCUGGUUCUUUUACCUAUUUCAUCAUCACAAACCGUUUUGCCUUAACUAGAUGUUAACAGUUUAUUCCUGGCCUCUAGAAGAUUGCAAAUGAAGCCCAUGUAAAUUAAUUUGUAAGCAGCGUGCUACCUGUAUUCCUGGACCAGAUAUUUCCCUUUGGAAUAGGUUAAAUAUAGGGGGAGUGAAAAAAAUGAGGCCCAGAUCACACUGAAAGCAAACAAUUACAGAAGGCCAAAGCCGCACUCGCUGCGCCUGGCAGAGGACUCAUGUUCUACUCUUUACAAUGUGCAGUAAGUGUCAUCAAGCUUUUAUUAAAACCACUUGCUUUGCAAAAGUAAACAACCCUUUUUUGUACUCCAGCAAAUUAUUCUCUUGAUUCUCUUUCACAUUUAAUUGAAACACACAGAGCCUUUGGCAGGAGAAUUUACCAGCAAAUCCAGUGAACAACUUGGGACCAGAAUAGUCUGGGCAGUAAGAAACACCCCACUCAAGUCCCAUACCUCUUUAGUUUUGCACUGUGUGUAGUCUCUCUGGAAGGAAAGAAAAAAAAAAAAACCCAACAUUACCCUGCCUACAUCUGCAAAUUUCCAAGCAAAUUGGUGAUCAGUUAAAGCCAAAUGCAUGUUUCUAUAGCCAAACUCAACAUGGUUAUUACACCAGGCUUUGAUUAUAUAGCAAUUUCAUGGCUAUUGUGUCAUUUACAAAAGCAUUCCCUGAGUCUGCCAAUUAGGAAAUUGGCCUUUAAAAAUUCAUUCUAGAUUCCACUGUGGAUUUUGCUUGAACCAAACACUGCUACUAAAUAAAUCAGAGUGUGAUUACUUUGCUUAUGAAUUCCAGGCCAGUUUUGCAAGAUAAAAUGACUUGGUGGUUUUUAUUUUGCAGGCAUUUUGCAAGAUAAAUCUAUACUGUAAUAGCAGGCUCAACUGCUCAGCAGUGUAAUACUGGCUUUGGCUGUUGGUGACUUUGGAGUUGGGAGAUCAGUGUGGAGAGUGAAGUGGCUUUUUCUGGUUAGUCACAGCUUUGAUGCUUAAAUAUAGAUUUGACUUUGUAAAAGCACUAACCAGUUACUUCAGUAUGUUCACUAGAGCUGGCCCAAUAUACAGGCAAUAAAAAAGUAAGUAGGUUUUGAAUGAGGUCUUACAUUUAAUGCAGAAAAAAAUGGUUACUACAAAGUAGUAUAGCUCUACUGAAGUCUAUACUUACUGCAGUAUACAUCAGCUGAUGGUCUGACCCAUGCCUUCAGGUAACUGAUCCUUGAUUUCUCAGAAAAUUACAGUUCAGGUGCAUAACUCUGUAGGAACUGUCACCAACAUGAGUAACAGUCAUACAAUUCCAUCUCCAUUCCUUGAACAUCCUAAAAUACUUUGGCUUGUACUAGUUGUCUUUUGGGAGCAAAGAAAGCCCAACAGGAUUGUUAAAAAAUUAGAUGGAGGACAACAGAUUAGAAGAUAAUAGUAAAAAUGCCCACAUCAUCUGAGCAAGACUCCCCAGUCUAGCAUGAUGCUAGUGUUUUGUCAGGGCUUUUUCCUCACAGUGGGAACACUCUGAAUUUCCAGAAUUACUACCCUACUUUUUUAAAAAGUGUUUCUACAGUUUGCUGAAUACAUUUCAGAUUCAAAACCUGAAUUCUGCUGGCAAGAAGAAUUUGUCUUAAAACAAGCAGAUGCAGGUUUAAGGUUGAAAGUAGACAGACUAUUAUCAGGUGUUUUGCUAGUUGUAUUCAGACAUGAAACAGUAAGGGAAAUUCCUAAGCAACUAUAGAUUCAAACUGCCUUAUAUCUAGAGGAGUCCUGUAAAAUUCUGAGUUAAGCUGUUACACCACUGGCUUGAAGAGAUGCUUCUUCAAUUUCUCGCCUCAAUAAUGUUCAGGUCAUUUAUAGAGCAGAUAUUUAAAAUAAGGAUAUAUAUAUACAUGAACACACAGCUUAAUUCCUCAGUGAGAGCACUGACCCUUAACUAAAGUGAAAAGCACGCACAUGACGGUAUACAAGCAGCAGCAUGCUCAUGAUGCCACGUAGAGAAAAUGGGAAAUGUUAUGCACACCAAGAAAAAUGCCAAACCAGUGUGAACUAGAGUUUUAGCAGGACAAACAUACUUUUGGAUAUUCUCUCUACCUGAUAAUGCCUUUAAAAUGGUUACCAUUUUCUGUGCUCUAUAUAUUCUGAAACUGUACGUGGAAAUAAAAGAAAUUCUUGUACUGUAAUAGCAAGCUCAAUACAUUUAGCAAUCUGACUUUGUCUUUAAGCUUGGGAUAUAUUUACACAAUGUUGGAUGAAAAACAGUUGAGUAUUCGUGUGAACAGGUAAAAUUAAAUUCUUCCUGCCUGUACUAGA